AUGCAUGAUGGAAAAUUGCUUGCAUGCUACGGAGUCACUCAUCGUUUGUCUACCUCAUAUCAUCCACAAACAAGUGGACAAGUGGAGAAUGCGAAUCGCGGUAUUAAACGAAUCUUAGAGAAGACAGUGGGUAAGAAUAGGAAGGAUUGGUCUGACAAGCUAGACGAUGCAUUGUGGGCAUUUAGAACCGCCUACAAGACACCCUUAGGAACCACACCUUUUAUGAUCGUUUACGGAAAAGCUUGUCACCUUCCCGUAGAGUUAGAGCAUAGAGCGCUUUGGGCUUUGAAAACCGUUAAUCUAGACAUGACCGAAGCCGCUAGGAAGCGUUUCUUUCAAAUCCAUGAGCUUAAGGAGCUUAGGGAUCUGGCGUAUGCUCGAUCGUUGGGAAUCAAGGAGAAAACAAAAAUUCUACAUGAUAAGAAGCUAAGGAAGGUGAAGGAGUUUAGCAAAGGCGACAAGGUGCUUCUUUACAACUCAAGAUUGAAGCUUUUUGCGGGUAAGUUGAAAUCAAAAUGGUCGGGGCCUUAUAUGGUUCACUAUGUGUUUCCGUAUGGAGUGGUGGAAAUCAUGGAUGAGACGGAUGGCCGUAGUUGGAAGGUGAAUGGUCAUCGUUUGAAACAUUACAUUGGAGGAUCGAUAAACAAGGAUGAGAGGGAGGAAACUCCUCUCGAAAUCCCACCUAAAGCCGCCAAUUAG